UUGGCGUUGAUACUGAUGCAGUCGAGACUGUGUCAGUGAUGGAGGGAGACUCUGUCACUCUACACACUGGUCUUAAUGAAAUACAGAUAGACGAUGUGAUAGAGUGGACCCAUGAAGAUUUGAUCAUUGCUAGAAUUAAUGAGCUCAAUAAGUCUACAGUAAAAUUACUUAAUGCAAACAAUCUGCAACUGGACAAUCAAACCGGAGAUCUUAAAAUCAGAAACAUCAGAACCGCAGUUUCUGGACUUUAUAGACUUGAGAUCAACAGUGCAAGAGGUUUAUCAUCAAAGGCCUUCAAUGUCAGUGGUGUGAGUGAUUUGACGUCAGAUGGAGUGAAGUCAGUGUCAGUGCUGGAAAGAGAUUCCGUCAUUUUAUACACUGGUAUUACUAAAAUACAGAGAGAAGUUCGGCUAACCUGGAAGUUUAUUGAAAAAGACGCACUCAUAGCUGAAAUAAAUAAAACAGCUGGAAUCUUCUCUACAUAUGAUGAUGUUCUUGAUGGGAGAUUCAGAGGCAGACUGCAUCUGAACCAUCAGACUGGAUCGCUUAUCAUUACUAAUGUCAAACCUAACAUCUCUGGACUUUAUGAAAUCAACAUCAGCAAAAGCAGCAGCAGAUACACCACACACAAGACAUUCAGUGUGACUUCUAUUGAUGGAGAGAAUAGACUGAUGGUGAAGGUGGGAGGGACUAUCACUCUACACACUAAUGUUUCUGAAAUACAAAUAUAUGAUCGGAUUCUAUGGAGGUUUGAACACGGAGACUCCAUCAUAGCAAAACUCGACCCAAAGUCUGGGAAAUUUUCCACAUUUGAUGGUACUGAUGCAAUAUUCAAAGACAGCUUGAAACUGGACAGUAAGACCGGAUCUCUGACCAUCUCGAAAAUCAGAGCUGACCAUGCUGGGCUUUAUCAUGUUGAUAUCACCAGCAGCAGACACACCACCAAAUUCAAGAGAAUCAUUCUUACUGUCUGUUCUGUUCCAGAUUCUGGUCUGUCUUCAGGCAUUGUAAUAGCAAUAUGUUGUGUUGGUGUUGGUGUUGGUGUUCUGCUGGCCAUUAUUGCAGCUCUGGUUUACUGCAACCACAAGACUACUUCCUAUGUAAAAGCAAAUCAUACUGAAGUCCAGUAAUGGAGAUUGUUAAUUCAGAUCACACGAUUUUACGAUGAAUAUUGGAUAAAUUACUCCACCUGGAUUACAGUGGGGAUCUCGUUUCUUUCUCCGAGAUAAGCAUUUUACACCUUUUCUUUCCUAUGCUUAUUUGUUAAAAAAAUAAAUAAAUAAAACAAUGAUGAAGCACAGACUCAAAAAUAAGGCCUGGGGCUACUUGCCCUUGUGGAUCUCUCUCUCUCUCUCUCUCUCUCUCUCUCUCUAUCUCUCUCUCUCUCUCUCU